GCCGGGCGGGCACGCGCGCCCCUCUUCCCAUGGCUUCCCGGGCCGGGCUGAUGAUCCCUUGCACGAAGUUGCAGGGUCUGCAGCGAUGGAGCCCGUGAGCCUCGACAACCUGUCCAUCUUGUACCAAAGCUCGGACUUCAUUGUGGUCAACAAGCACUGGGACGUCCGCAUCGACAGCAAGAUGUGGUAUGAAAAGCUCACCCUGCAGAGCCAACUCAGGUACCGGUUCCCGGAACUGGCUGACCCGGACACCUACUAUGGCUUCCGCUUCUGCCACCAGCUGGACUUCUCCACCAGUGGGGCUCUUUGCGUUGCACUCAACAAAGCAGCUGCAGGCAACGCCUACAAGUGCUUCAAGGAACGGAUGGUGACCAAGGCCUACCUCGCCCUGGUGAGGGGCCAUGUCCAAGAGGCAAGAACGACCAUCCGUUACGCCAUUGGGAAGAAUACGACGGAGGGGCUCACUCACAUGAUGUGCAUUGAGGGGACAGAGGGUUGUGAAAACCCCAAGCCUUGUCAGUCGGAACUGAUCGUAUUGGAGCAUGGGCUGUACAGUGGAGACCCUGUGACCAAAGUGAUCCUGCAGCCCCUUACUGGAAGGACGCACCAGCUCCGCGUCCACUGCAGCGCCAUCGGGCACCCGAUUGUCGGUGACUUCACUUACAGCCAUAAGCAAGACGGUGGCCCUUACCGUAUGAUGCUGCACGCCUUUUACCUCCGCAUCCCCACCAGCAAGGAGCUCAUCGAAGUCAGCGCCCCGGACCCUUUCGUCUCCACCCUGGACGGUAACUGGGUCCCUCAGCGGGUGACGCGUCAGCUGGACGAGGUGAUCCAGGAGCUGAAAGAGUUGAGCGUCCACACAGCGGAGGGAGGGAGGCGGGACGGUUUGCUGGAAAACCCGGGCCCCGAGAUCCCACGCCAGGCCGAACGCUUGGAAACGGAGGAGCAGCGGGCCACUUGUGAGCGGUGGCUGGCGGAGUGGGCCUUGGAGUGAGACCCUGGUAUCUCCUUGCAACCUUGCCGUCACUUUUCACCUGACCGUCUCCAGCGCCAACCCUUGUCCUUGUUUGUAACCCUAGCCUUCCUCAGUCGAUCCUAGAAGAUGUGUUCCUAGGGCAGACUCGGGUUUCCGCGCCUGAUGGGCUUUUGGAAGUCACGUCCCUCACGCCGGCAUGCUGUUAUCACUGCAAAAUGGAAGGCUGCACGCCACAGUUGUGCUGUGUUGUUGGCACUAAGACUCACCAAACAGAGAGCUCUGUUUGGUUGAGAAAUCACUGCUGGCAGAGGCGUUUCCUAAUGUGCCAAGAGAGGGGUGUCCCUGAAACAAGGGUUAGAGAAAUGGAAUUUUGUGGUUUGCCAAAGGGAAAUCUUCAGUCUCGCCUCUCCUUUGCCUCCUGAGAUUGUUAUUUUUUUUAGUUGCUCGGAGGAAGUGAAGCUGGACAAUCCGUGUUCUUUUGCAUCCCUCACCUGUGAAAGAAGAGACAGGACUAAUGGAUUGAAUUGAAAAGCUGGGAGGAUCCCCCGUCUAUUUCUUCUCAGGGGUUUCUUUCCCUGCCUGUUCCCUCCUCCACAUACAUUUGUUUGGUCUUUGCCCUCACUUGUCUCUUUGAAAGCCUUUUAUUGCCAAUUUUAAACUGUUGGGAGUUAAUUUAUAUUUUUAGGGACUGCUUGAGAAAAGAGGAAGAAUUUUUGUAUCAGCGCGGCAAUCUCAUCCUCCGGCACACCCUUUUUUAACAAUAAUAUUUUUCUAAGGUGUUGUGUUUUUAAAAGGAGAACGGUUCCUUCCCUGCGUUUUUUUAUGUUUAGGGUUUUAGGGUGAACUUUUAGGAAGCGUAAAUGGAUGCGUGCCAAACUGAGGUUUUAGGUUAACUCCCCCCCUCCCUUGUCUUUUUUCAAACAUUCACUCUAGAACUAAUUUUUACUGUUUGAAUCCUAGUUGAUACCUGGAAACCCAUGUGUUCGUGAUGCAUGGAACUUCCUGUUUGGGCAGAAAAAUUCUGGUACAUUGUUCUUGGUUUGUUUAAGUAAAAACUCAGAAGUAACUAGUCCUCAUGAGUAGAAGAGAGUAUUAAAAAUGUGCAG